AGAGAGAGAGAGAGAGAGAGGAAGAAAGGAUGAGAUCAUCGCAGUCUCCCGGCUAAUGAAUGAUGGAGCUGUGAGCAGCGCAUGGAUGUGAAAGGGGGGGUUCGUUUCUUUAGCUUGGCAAUCAAUAGCAUCUGCAGACAGGAAUACAGUUUUCACAUUACUGCUUCUUACUGCAGCAGGAGCUUUAGCUUGUAGCAAUUACCCAGCAUAGAUUACCAGCAGAUCAUUAGUUCAUUUACUGUGGCUACCCUUUCUCCUCCCCCACCAUUGCAGCCACCACCACCCAGGAUUCUCUGUCUACUAUUUUCUAGCAUGAACAGUGAUGCAUGACUGAUUCCAUCUAACAAGUGUAUGCCUUCUUCUUGGAAAGUGACGCUUUUUAUUCCCACAGAAGUUUUUUUCUUUUUUCCCUUGGGAGUGUUUUUUCCUUGGAAUUGCUGACACUGUUUGGAUAGGAACAACAGAAUGUUAGGCUUGGAUGUAUGUGAGUUGGGUGGCCAAAUCCUUGAGCUGCUUUGGCUGACAGUUUGCUACAAAGACAUCAUUGCUGACAAAGAGGUGGAGAAGUACAUUCAUGAGGAGGAUGAGACUGGCCUUAAUUAUCAGCCACCGGUACAGAAGUCUCUACAAGAGAUUCAGAACCUGGACAAGGAUGAUGAGAGUCUGAAUAAGUACAAACAAACUCUGCUGGGGACUGGACCAGUUGUGGCUGAUCUUUCUGUCCCGAAUAUUCAGGUGACAAGGCUGACUCUUGUAUGUGACCAGGCACUUGGACCCAUUACAAUGAACCCCUCAGGUGACCAGGAGGCUUUGAAGAAACAAUAUUUCACCAUCAAGGAAGGGGUGGAAUACAGGGUAAAGAUUCACUUCAAGGUCAACAGGGAAAUUGUGUCUGGGCUGAGAUAUGUGCAUCUGACUUACAGGAAGGGUGUACAAGUGGACAAGGCUGUGUACAUGGUGGGAAGCUAUGCACCAUGGGAAGAGGAGCAUGAGUUCCUUACUCCCAUAGAGGAGGCCCCGAAAGGCAUGCUCAUUAGAGGCACUUACCAUAUCAAGUCAUACUUCACAGAUGACGACAAAACCAAGCAUUUGUUAUGGGAGUGGAACCUGCAGAUCAAGAAGGACUGGGACGAGUAGAGCAGUUCCCCAGCAUCACAACACUCUCAUGGACAUUGUACUGUACAAACUGAAAAUCUAUAUGAAAUGAUGGAGAACAGGGAUAAAAUUUAAUGUAAAAAACUUUGCCUUCUGUUCCUACAUGUUAGUUUGUAUUUUAGACAUGUUGAUAAUAUAUUGAGUGCUCUUGUCCUGUAGUUUUAUGUUCAGUGCUGUCCAGGACCUUGUAACUACUUAAAACAAGUGAUUGAAUGUAAACCUGUUAUGCAGAUUAUACUCUGCUGUGUAAUGUACAGUAUAAAUGCCAUUUAUUAAAGGUAUAUAAAGCAACUGGAGUUAAGGCCCUACAAAUGCACUUCAGUAAUGUGUGAACCAAAAUAUUUUAAAUGAAAUUAUAUUUGUGCAAAUAUUUUGAGCUCAUUUACCAAACUGUUGGUGCACAUCAUAAACUGUUGAUGAAGGCUCUUUCUUAUAUGUCAUUGUGGAAAGUAUUAGAUGUGACAGAGUGAAUCCCUCUGAUUUAAAAUGCAUUUAAUUUACCUGUUUUUUGCUUCUUGGCUGUGACAUUUGUCUGACUUUGUUAUUGUUUUCACAAAACAGGCAUUCUUUGAGAAUGAGAAAAUGAAUACCGCACACUCACAAAAAUACAAAGAAAUGAAUAAAAUGUGCUUUGCAUACGA